GCUCUUUUGGCUUUUUCUUAAUUAAACCCACCUGCUAUUUUGCUAUAGAUGGAGAGAAGCAAAAGAGAGGAAAGAGAGUAGGACAGGCUGCCAUGGUCAUACUUGCAGCCACCGUCUUUGGGACUUAGGAGCGUAAUAUGUCGCCACAUCUCCGGUGAGGAGCAAGAACUGGUGGCAGAAGUAAAGAAAAUACACCUUUACGUACUGUAUGUUCUUAGCUUCUACCAUUUCAGGCGACCAUCCUCCGCAACUUCUCCGGAUCCAUCAUCGUGAUGGACAUGUUUUAACCCCGGCCUACUCCUUGCUCAACCUGCGACGGGCACUGACCAACACCUUCGCCGGGUUCUUGGUUUUGUGUACAAUGAUAUGAUGUUACAAAGAGUUGGUCUCAAAACUUUGGAUGGAGGAUUACAGGGUCAAUUUGCUAUUGAAUCUGAUAUAAAGCUCCAAGGUUUUAAGAGGCCGGGGGCUAGAAAACUUAGCAAGAAAUUCAAUUCACAGAAUGUGUCUUUUGUGCUAGAUGAGAAGUCUUGCACUGGCAAGUAUAAGUCUCAGCCUUCCACUUUAGAGAAUAAGAUAUACCAAUCAGAUGACUAUAAAUUUGAAAGUUGGAUAUGGAACAACUUCAGGCUUAGCUGGCUGCUGUCUGGUGAGUUUUAAUUCAUUGAUUUUGCCUUUUGACUCAAGCAAAGGUUCUCGGCGGUGAAGUCAAGCCUACGGAUCCACCGGAAUAUGAUUUUCCCUCCUCGCCAACUGCAGAACGAAUCUGCUCUGAUGUGGUCACUGCCUAAGGUUUGCGACUAGAUCGAUGCUUUUUCUCCGAUGACCAGCUACGACGGAUGACUCUCUUCAUUCUUUGGCUCGCCAUGCGUCAUGGUGGCUGGCGACUGGUAAUGGGAUAGCUCGUCAUGCGUCAUGUAAAUUAAAUGCUCUCUCAAACUAGUGUUGUGUCUUGAGUACUGUCCUAUGUUGGUAAGUUUGUGUGGUAGUUAUUUUGUUUUAAGAGAAAGUCUACAACAUUAUCCGCAUAGUUGAUCCGUUCAAUAGUUUA